AGGACAUCAGCACGCUGAGCAUGGUGUCCAAAAGCCUGGGCCAGCAGCUGAUCCACUACAUCUCCACCUCGGCAGGGACCCGCCGGCUCCUCCUGCAGGACUUCCACAACCUGGAGCUGCCCGGCAGGAGAGAGGGAGCCUCCAUCCUGGAGCACUACAAAUCUCUAGGGCUGCUGUUGAAGAGGUGCACGUUGCUGCUGCCCACCAGGGACAGGCUGAAGUACGUACACAAGGUUUCCUGUUUCAAGCUCAGUGGUUGUGCCAGCCCUUUGCACUGCCUGGGGUUAAAGUGCUACGGGGUGUUUUUACAGAUCCUGACAGCAGGCUGGGAUGAACUCGAGUGCCACCGGGUCUUUAACUUCCUCUGGGAGCUGAGCAGUUUGGCCAGGAAAGUGCAGACAGUUGUCAGCAGCAGAGCAGGCAGUGCCAGGAAGCUGGAGCUGAGGAUCAGGCUGUACUGCAGGAGGGUCCUGCUCAACCACUGGAUCCACAGGAGCGACUCUGCCUUUUGGCUCACCCGGAUUUUGAAGCCCUGGCCCAUCGUGAACCAGGCCCGGCUGCUCUACAUCAUCUUUGGGCCCGUGUCCUCUCUGGAUGGACACGUGGUGUGGCAGAAAAUGAUAGAAGGACCAACAGAUGAGAGCAGUCUGAAGGGUUUAGCUGAAGCAAUUAAGCUGCUGUAUGACACAGAAGCCAGGGAAUGGACAGCAGAUGAUGUUAUCAGCCUCGUGGAUGAGCUGUCAGUUGUUCCCCAGGAAUGGCUCAUGGAGAACAACGCUCGGCUCCUCCUCCUCAGUGGGAACAACAUCUGCUUCACCUUCAUGGCCAGCAAGGCUGUGAAUGGCAGGGCUGUGGAGCUGGCCAGGCUCGUGGUCUUCAUGGCUUUGGUGUGUGAGAAGGACCUUUACUGCAUGGACUGGGUGGUGAAAAUGAUGCAGAAGGUCUGCAGGGUUUUCAGCACUCCCUGGGAGAGAAACAACUUCCUGCAGUGCCUGGAGAACACCUUUGCCCACAUGCUCAUGGACAUGCUGCAGGCAGUGCUGGCUGGGGGGCACGAUGAGGAGGACAACACCUUCCUGAAUUUAUUCCACCUGGUGAACGCCCAGGCAAACUUCCACAAGGAAAUCCUGUUCCUGGCCAUGAGGAGCAGCCCCAACACCACCUGAGCUCUGCAGACUCUGGCUCCUGGGUUUGGUUGUGAACAUUUGCAAAGAGGUGCCCAGUUAUUUCUUCGAUUCCCAUCCCAGCUGGAGUGGCAGAAGUUGGGACCAUCCAUGUCAGUCCAGCUGAAGGAGCUCCAGGAGCUUUUGGGGACUCCAUCACGGGGUUCCUUGAGCUCUGCUUCUCCAGGGAAGCAGCCUGGGGCCUCUCCCUUGGGAACACGAACUUCAUUCUUUUCCCACUGUGCAUGUCUGCACACACAAUAAAAAUGACAUGGUUUCCAUUCUCAGACACCAACUGAGGAAUGUUAUCUUAGUUCAGAACCCAAAACAUGUUGAUCUUUAAAAUGUGUUUUCCCUCGGGAAUCCGAGGAGGAAGAGAUGGAUGGGGUCAGAGGAGCACAGCUACACUUCUCCAGCUUGCCGGGGCCUCUCUCACUGACUCAGAGGUUCUGUGGCAGAAAUAUUCCUGACUUUGGAUGCUCAGCCACAGCCAGAGAUGAUUCCUGAAAGCAGUUCAAGUGCUUUGACCAAGCAAGGCAUUUUUUUUCCCCCCUCAACCUCCAGGUUUUCAUAAAGCAGAAGGAACUCCCAAAUCCCUCCCCCUUGCCCCAGGUAACAACUGUUGAAGUGUUUUGGCCUCCACAGGACUUUGGCAAGUUGAAGACACCCGUUAAAUGCACAUUAAAUUAAGUCACUGGUUCAUUAAAUGUAUAAAUGUUUCCUGCUUUAGA